ACAGCUAUGGACGCCACUCAGAUAUAAACAAUCCGAUCUGUUGGAGGACAGUUCUGAGACAUGAGGCUUUUGUCGAAGGCGGUGCAGUCUGCUGUGAGACAGAGAGACGGGAGCCGCAGACACUUUUGGGGUUGGCUCAAUGCAGUCUUCAACAAGGUUGACUAUGAGAGGAUCAAAGCUAUUGGUCCAGACCGAGCCGCAGCAGAGUGGCUGUUGAGAUGUGGUGCCAAAGUGAGGUUUGAAGGUUUCGAACGUUGGCAUCACGACUACAACGGACUGCCAACUGGGCCACUGGGCAGAUACAAGAUCCAGGGGAUUGAUGCUACUGAAUCCUGCAUCAUGCACAGAGGGUUCGACCAUCUGGAUGGUUUGAAAUAUGUGGACGAGAUCAAGUUCAAUAAGUGUAUCUACAUUGAGGACACUUGCCUGGAGAAGUUGAGCUCAAUAGAGAAUCUGCAGGAGAGUUUGAACAUGUUGGAGGUGGUGUCAUGUGGAAACGUUACAGAUAAGGGCAUCAUCGCCCUGCACAGACUCAAGAAUCUGGAGUAUCUGUUUCUCAGUGAUCUUCCUGGGAUCAAAGAUAAGCAGACAACAGCUAGCAGAUUACAGACGGCACUUCCACGUCUGGAUUUAGUUCUGGACCUGGAGUAAAAUCAGCUUCCUGCUUCAGAGAGUGUUUGAAUUGUUAAGUAAGAACAGCUUUGGAAGAAGACACUAACUCGGAGAGGGAAAGACUGGAACGUUUUCAUCUCCCAAUGCGUAGAUCCUUCAGCUGAAACAUUGAAUGUUUUUGCAUGCAAAUAUACAGAAGCCCUGAAAGACAAGUGAGAAAUAAGUUAUUCAGGAGAUUUCUAAGUCUGAUCUAAAUUAUUUUCUCUCAUGUGUUUGUGACUCAAGAACAGGUGAAAGGUUUUUGCCAGAAUCAUUUUUUUUAUUUUUCAUCUGUUUCAUGGAUGGAAAAACAAUUAAAGAAUUUAGUAAGAUCAACCGGACAAAGUUUUGAGUUUGAGUUUUGAGUCAUAAACAGGAGACAAAUGGACUGUACUUAUAUAGCACCUUUCUAGUCUUUGCGAC